GGGGUGGAGGACGUGGGGGAACGAGGGGUGACUUCCUUCCCAGCUCCUUCGGGCGUGUCCCCCUCGCGUUGUCUGCCCAACACCCCUCCCCUCAGGCCGCGCGGACCCGCUGGCCCACGAGGGGCGGUCGCCCCGGAGCCCCAGACAGUCAGUCGCCCGCGCCAUCAGGGUUGGGCUGGUGUCUGGGGACAGAAGGGCGGGCUCGUGGCGCUGGGGGCGGCCCGAGCCUGGGCCAGGCAGGGGCUGGGCCUUCGGCCUGGGUCCCAGGGGGCGGGGCCGCGGCGUGACCGGUCCGGGUCCCUCCCAGGCGGGAGAAGAUCAGGCGGUGCCCCAGGCGGCCGCAGAGCAAUGGACGGCAGCGGGCCCUUCAGCUGCCCCAUCUGCCUGGAGCCGCUGCGGGAGCCGGUGACGCUGCCCUGCGGCCACAACUUCUGUCUCGCCUGCCUGGGCGCGCUCUGGCCGCACCGCGGCGCGGGUGGCGCCGGUGGGUCUGGAGGCUCGGCCCGCUGCCCGCUGUGCCAGGAGCCCUUCCCCGACGGCCUGCAGCUCCGCAAGAACCACACUCUGUCCGAACUGCUGCAGCUCCGCCAGGGCUCGGGACCAGGGCCGGGGCCCGGCCCCGGCCCGGCCCCGGCCCUGGCCCCUGAGCCCGCGACGCCCAGUGCGCCACCCAGCGCCCCGGAGCCGUCGGCGCCCUGCGCGCCCGAACCGUGGCCGGCGGGUGAAGAGCCGGUGCGCUGCGACGCGUGCCCCGAGGGCGCCGCCCAGCCCGCCGCGCUUUCCUGCCUCUCCUGCCUGGCGUCCUUCUGCCCCGCGCACCUCGGCUCGCACGAGCGCAGCCCGGCGCUGCGGGGACACCGCCUUGUGCCGCCGCUGCGCCGACUGGAGGAGAGCCUGUGUCCGCGUCACCUGAGGCCACUUGAGCGCUACUGCCGCGCGGAGCGCCUGUGCCUGUGCGAGACCUGCGCCGCCCAGGAGCACCGGGGGCACGAGCUCGUGCCGCUGGAGCAGGAGCGCGCGCUCCAGGAGGCCGAACAGCCCAAAGUCCUGAGUGCCGUGGAGGACCACAUGGACGCGCUGGGCGCCAGCAUCGCACAGUCCCGGCGCACAGUGGCCCUCAUCAAGAGCGCAGCUGUGACAGAACGGGAGAGGGUGAGCCAGCUGUUUGCUGAGGCUGCAGCCAUACUGCAGGGGUUCCAGACAGAGGUGCUGGGCUUCAUCGACGAGGGGGAGGCCACCAUGCUCGGCCGCUCCCAGGGCGACCUGCGGCGGCAGGAGGGACAGCGCAGCAGGCUAAGCCAAGCCCGCCACAACCUUAGUCAGGUCCCUGAAGCUGACUCAGUCAACUUCCUGCAGGAGCUCCUGGCACUCAGGCUGGCGCUGGAGGAGGGGUGUGGCCCUGGGCCUGGUCCCCCGAGGGAGCUCAGCUUCACCAAGUCAUCCCAGGCUGUGCAGGCGGUGAGAGACGCCCUGAGAGCAGCCUGCGCCAGCCAGUGGGAGCGGCUGCGGGGCCCGGGAGGCGAUGAGGAUGAGCUGCAGAAGCUGGGCACAGAAGAAGCCGAGUCCCAAGACCCCGACAGUACCAACCACCUGGAGAGUGAGGCUCCCAGGGAUUACUUCCUCAAAUUUGCCUACAUCGUGGACCUGGACAGCGACACGGCAGACAAGUUCCUGCAGCUGUUUGGAACCAAAGGUGUAAAGAGGGUGCUGUGUCCCAUCAACUACCCCGAGUCACCCACCCGCUUCACCCACUGCGAGCAGGUGCUGGGCGAGGGCGCCCUGGACCGGGGCACCUACUACUGGGAGGUGGAGAUCAUUGAGGGCUGGGUCAGCGUGGGGGUCAUGGCCGAAGACUUCUCUCCACAAGAGCCCUACGACCGGGGCCGGCUCGGCCGCAAUGCCCACUCCUGCUGCCUGCAGUGGAAUGGUCGCAGCUUCUCCGUCUGGUUCCAUGGGCUGGAGGUGCACCUGCCCCACCCCUUCUCGCCCACAGUCGGGAUCUGCCUGGAAUACGCCGAUCGAGCCCUAGCCUUCUAUGCCGUGCGGGAAGGCAAGAUGAGCCUGCUGCGGAGGCUAAAGGCCUCCCGGGCCCGCCGGAGCAGCGCCCCGGCCUCUCCCAUUGACCCCUUCCAGAGCCGCCUGGACGUCCACUUUGCGGGGCUCUUCACGCGCAGGCUCAAGCCUGCCUUCUUCCUGGAAAGUGUGGACGCCCACCUGCAGAUCGGGCCCCUCAAGAAGUCCUGCAUAUCCGUGUUGAAGAGAAGGUGAUGCUGGGGGACGUGGGGCCUCCUACAGCUAUGGGCUUCUGGGGCACUGGCUCUGCCGUGACCCCCUCUGGCCCCAGGGAAGAUACCAGUCUUGGAGUCCCCACAUCCCCAGCCUUCUCAUUUCUAGAGGCCUUCACCUUCCGUAUACUUGGUCUUCCACCUCCUGGGGAGGCUUCAAGUGCCCCUCCUACCCUGUCCCAGGAGAGGGCCACAGCUGGGACAGAUCCAGGCUACCCCAGACCCUUUUUCCAGGUUCCUGGGACAGUGCUUGGCACAUAAUAGGUGUUCAAUAAACAUUUGUUGAAUGAA